AUGGCGGCGCGCAGCCUGGGCCGCGGGGUCUGGAGGUUCCUGGGCAGCCUACGGGGGCGCCCUGGGCAGCCUGUUCGGACACUACUGUUCGGGGCGAGUGAGACUAGCGGGCGGGCCUCUGGGAGCCAGAGCAGCGGCCCAGCCGUCGAUGCUGAGCAGCGGGGCUCAUACACAGCUUUGAGAGCUCAGGCGGCCCGGGAACCGGCCGCCUUCUGGGGGCCGCUAGCUCGAGACACACUGGUGUGGGACACCCCUUACCACACCGUGUGGGACUGCGACUUCAGCAGUGGCAAGAUUGGCUGGUUCCUGGGAGGCCAGUUAAACGUGUCCGUCAACUGCUUGGACCAACAUGUUCAGAAGUCCCCGGACAGCAUUGCUUUGAUCUGGGAGCAAGAUGAACCUGGCACCGAAGUGAGGAUUACAUACAGGGAGCUGCUGGAGACCACAUGCCGCCUGGCCAAUACAUUAAAGAAGCAUGAAGUUCGACGAGGGGACCGUGUGGCCAUCUACAUGCCAGUAUCUCCAUUAGCAGUGGCAGCGAUGCUGGCCUGUGCUAGGAUUGGUGCAGUCCAUACUGUUGUCUUUGCUGGCUUUAGUGCAGAGUCCUUGGCUGGGAGGAUCAAUGAUGCCAAGUGCAAGGUGGUUAUCACUGUCAACCAGGGGAUCCGGGGAGGCCGUGUGCUGGAGUUGAAGAAGAUUGUGGAUGAAGCUGUGAAGCUCUGCCCCAGUGUUAAGCGUGUCCUUGUGACCCACAGGACAGACAGGAAAGUUCCCAUGGGGAAGCUGGAUGUAAACCUAGAGCAGGAAAUGGCCAAAGAGGACCCUGAAUGUGCCCCAGAGAGCAUGGGCAGUGAAGACAUGCUUUUCCUGCUGUAUACCUCGGGGAGCACCGGCAAGCCCAAGGGACUUGUGCACACCCAGGCAGGCUACCUGCUCUAUGCAGCACUCACUCACAAGCUUGUGUUUGGCUAUAGACCAGGUGACGUCUUUGGCUGCGUAGCCGACAUUGGCUGGAUCACAGGACAUAGCUACGUGGUGUAUGGACCGCUCUGCAAUGGAGCCACUAGUGUCCUUUUUGAGAGCACCCCUACUUACCCCAAUGCUGGUCGUUACUGGGAGACAGUGCAACGCCUACAGAUCAACCAGUUCUACUGUGCCCCAACAGCUGUGCGGCUGUUGCUAAAGUAUGGUGACACGUGGGUGAAGAAGUAUGAUCGCUCCUCCCUGCGGACCCUGGGUUCAGUGGGAGAGCCAAUCAACCUUGAGGCCUGGGAGUGGCUGCACAAGGUGGUGGGAGAUGGCAGAUGCACCCUGGUUGACACCUGGUGGCAGACAGAAACAGGUGGCAUCUGCAUUGCACCACGGCCCUCAGAAGAGGGUGCAGAGAUAGUACCCUGCAUGGCCAUGAGACCCUUCUUUGGCAUUCUCCCAGUGAUCAUGGAUGAGAAGGGGAACAUUAUGGAGGGUGAUGAUGUCUCUGGAGCACUUUGCUUCUCCCAGGCCUGGCCAGGCAUGGCAAGGACCAUCUACAAUGACCAUUCUAGAUUCGUGAGUGCCUACUUCACAGAUUACCCUGGCUACUACUUCACUGGAGAUGGUGCAUACCGCACCAAAGGUGGCUACUACCAGAUCACAGGGCGGAUGGAUGACAUCAUCAACGUCAGCGGACACAGGGUGGGGACUGCAGAGAUUGAGGAUGCAAUGGCCAACCACCCUUCAGUACCAGAAACUGCUGUCAUUGGCUACCCCCAUGAUAUCAAGGGUGAAGCUGCCUUUGCCUUCAUCGUGUUGAAAGAUGACGUGGAUGACUCAGACGUGGUGGUGAAGGAGCUCAGGUCAGCAGUGGCCACCAAGAUUGCCAAGUAUGCUGUGCCUGAUCAGAUUCUGGUGGUGAAGCGUCUACCCAAAACACGAUCUGGAAAAGUUAUGAGGCGGCUCCUGAGGAAGAUAGUCACUGGAAAAACUCAGGAUCUAGGGGACACUACCACAUUGGAGGACCCCAGUGUCAUCAAGGAGAUACUGAGUGCAUACCAGAAGUAUAAAGACAAGUGA